AUGAAUGAGAGUGAAAGAGAUGACCAGCUAAAAACUGAGUGCUUACCACUAUCGGCCCCGUGCUGGAAAAACAGAGUAAGGACUGCAGCUCGGGAGAGAAAGGGAUUUAAACUCCAAAGGAAGGAGAUGCAAGAUGGUUUGUUUUUCUUCUCCCUCACACCUCACGUGGAGCACAGAGAGUGGUGUCCUGUCACUUUGAUCUCUCUCUACUCAAAUGGCAGAAACCAACCAGGAGCUCCUUGGAGGAAGAGCACAUGGUCGUGGAUCAGAAUGCAGGCCUUGAAAUCAGCUGCUUGGGUUGGAAACCUGGUUCUUCUCUUUACAGCAUGUUUGUUGUAG